AUGCACCCAAUAAUACCACAACCAAAUUGCAAUGAUGUUGCGAUUCUGAAAGGUGACGUCACAGGACAAUACACACUGAUGAUAGGUGACAGAAAUGCUACUGUGCGGUGCGACAUGGAUACAGACGGGGGAAAAUGGAUUGUUAUACAACGUAGAGUGGACGGCUCUGUCAGUUUCUACCGGAACUGGAGUGAUUAUAAGGUCGGGUUUGGUAGCCCUACUGGAGAAUAUUGGUUAGGGCUAGACAACAUCCAUACUCUUACUUCUCAGGGUGAAUACGUCCUUCGAAUAGAUAUGGAGUACAACUCCCAAGUCUAUUAUACAGUGUAUUCGGAUUUUACAAUAGCAUCCGAGUCAGACAAUUACCGAAUGAAUUACGCAAACUUUCUAGAGGGAAAUACAGGAAACGCUCUGAGCUGGCACAAUGGUCGACCAUUUACGACACGUGACCGCGAUAACGACGGGAAUAGCGGAAGCUAUGGCAACCCAAACUGCGCAGUCGCAUUCUACGGAGCUUGGUGGUACGCUGGGUGUCACAACUCCAAUCUUAACGGGCAUUAUGGGAAUACGUCUUUUGGUAAAGGCAUCAACUGGAAUCACGUUACUGGUUACUACGCAUCGCUGUCAAAAGUGGAAAUGAAAAUAAAAAAGCAAUAACAAGGGUCGUGAAUAGAUAAACAAGAGGCCUAGGGCCCACAACUCUA